GUGCGGCUCGAGCUGGCGCGGCGGCCACAGGGCCACCUCUGAUGUGACGCGGCGGCGCGCGCUCCAACGGCCUCUGCUGUGAACGGCGGAUUGUGCUCAGACCAGUGGACGGUUGUGAUCGGUUACAGUGUUGUGGAGAGAAGCAGGCGAAAAUGGGAGGGUUCAAGCUGUCCCAGCAGACUCCCGCGACUAUGACGCGAACUAAAGGAGCACCUGUUCUGCCCGACUGCAAUAUGUCGGAGCAGACGGCCGCCAGCAGCCAGCAGCUGCGCGAGUCGCAGCGCGCGCUGAAGCGCACCCGGCAGCACCUGCAGCUGCAGGAGGCGCGCAGCCGGCAGCUGGUGACCGCCUGCGCGGCCAAACUGCGCGACCAGCAGGCCGAGGCCGCCCGCGCCGAGGCGCUCAAGGAGCGCCAGUUCCAGCGCAUCCUGCAGCAGCUGGCCGUGCUCCAGAGCAAGCUGAAGCGCGAGCAGAAGCUCAUCUACCAGGAGAUGUCGGAGCGCGAUCAGCUGUCGCAGCAGCAGGCGCGCGAGCUGGAGCGGCUGCGGCGCACCAACCGCCGGCUGCUCGGCAAGGUGACGCGGCUGAGCGCGCCCUGCGCCCGCUGCGGCACCAAGCCAGACAGCGGCAUCAGCGACUGCGACGAGCCCGACGAGCUGGCGCCCAAACAGGCCAAGACGGGCGGCUCGCCCGACUCGGCGCUGGCCUCGGCAGAGAGCAGCGACACCGCCAGCCCGCCCACCGCCGAGAGAGGCAUCAUGAAGACCACGCGCGAGCAGCGCAAGGCGCCGCCCAAGACGGUCACCUUCUCUCUGAGCGACGAGCCGCGCGAGCGCGAGAAGUCUGCGCCGCGACGGCCGCCGCUGCCGCUCAAACCGCGCCUCAUCCUGCCGCCCAGCGCUCACGUGAACGGCGCCACCUUCGGCCAGCCGUCCAUCGUCAGCACCAUCAGCCAGCUGCUGGGAGUGGAACUGGAGGCCGCCGCGGCGCGGCAGGCGGCCGCCGCGGCCCCGGCGCCGCUCUCCGCCAUACCCGAGGACCUGGAGAGCUCCCGGGAGGGGGUGCCCGCCAGCCAGCCCUCCGAGGAUAAGGAGAAUGUGCCUCAGGAGACCACAAAGGCAGGCGAGGAGCCGGCGCCCGUCCAGGAGUCCAACCACAAACCGAAAAACGCGCCCCGAUCUCGGUCAAAUAUCAAUCUGAUCAUGAGCGAACACGAAGGUGUCAAGAUAAAAGACAACUUCGAGGAGUUCAAGUUCGAGGAGGAUAUCUCCGGCAGCGUGUGCUCGGACACCGCGAGCGAGCGCAGCGCCGACAGCGGCCGGGACGAGAAGCUCAGCUUCGACCGGCGGGCGGGAGAUGGCGCUGAGUCCGAGCCGGCAGAAACCCAGCCGAUCAUUGCCAACUACGACAAGUUCCUCGAGCAGUCGGGCCUCAGCCAAAAGUCGAUCCGCACCCCGAAGCGUCUCUUCACCAACCACCGGUCGAUGUUGAAGCCCAGCGACGUCAAACACCGACACCGGACCAAGCUGCUGGACGGCUUCACCAUAGAGGACGUGUCGCCGACCAGUGUACGCUACUACUCGGAGGAGCUGUAGCGUCCCCUGCUCCCAGACUCCGCCGCGCUGCCGUCCCAGCCGCUGCUGUGGACGGCGGGCGGUUCAGUGAUAGAUGAGGCGGCCGACGCGCGUCUCGCCAGUGGUGCUCCUACCGACCGUCGCGGUCAGGUUGUGCGCGUGUCCGGACCUCCAGUGUGUGUCUGUGUGUGGAGUACGCGCCUGUGCGCGAUAGUUCGUCCAGCUGAGAGCGGAGGCCGGUCGGCCGCAGCGCCAGCCGCCCCCGCCCCCGCCCGGCGCCGGAUCGUCGCCGCCGCCCAGCGCGGCCGCCGGCUGAGUCACGGGCGCACCCGGCCCCAGGGCGCAGACCCGCCUCUGUCCGGCAGAGGACGGGAGCUGCGCGGGGCGGAGAGAGGGACAGAGGCGAGAGCCGGCCACAGAGAGGGACAUCGCAGCGCUCCGAGGGACAGCGCUUCCUGUGGCGGAAAAUCGAAACGCCAAACCGCUGCACCGUCGCUACAACACGUCUGAGCGUGUUCGCCGGUGUGACGUCCGGUCCUCUCUCGCCGUGGCCACCUCUCUCCAGCGGGGGCGGUGGCGGCUGGGACGCUGCGGAGGCAGCCGACCGCCUCACGCUGCUCCGUCGGCGUCUUCUUGUUUCGCUGUCGCUCUAUGUCAGAGUAUAGAGGCCGUCACCAUGCUGACAGGCCGUCCCGAGUCGGCCCGGCCGGCACAAUGUCAGGUAGACUGCCCUGUGUCAGAUGUGUAGUCAUUUAUGCAAAUAGACAUGUGUAUAAUUCGUA